UUAAACGAUGUCAAAACAUAAAUCUGUCAUGAAAUAUAUGGUUUCAUACGUUUUUUAUACUUUAUUUUUACAAUGUUAGAUUAUAUUAAAUUGUUAUUGAAAUCGAAAUGGUCCGUGAAGAAUAUAAUACUUUUGAUUCUGACAGUAUCUGUGUGUGUAUUUAUACACGUUUUGAUAAUGCACGACCUUGUAAAGUUUGUAGAUAGUGUAUCAUCUGCAAUAUCGUUUAACAAUCGACAGAUAGAAAAGCAAGAAAUAUUUAAAUCACCGAAGUACAUUCUGUUAUGGUACGGAUCUGCUCUAGUAAGUCCAAGCGAAGGAAAUGCUGUGUUAAAACACUUACACUGUCCAGUAACCGAUUGCAUUUUCACCACCAACAAGCAUUUGUUGGGCAACAUAUCGAAUUUUAACGCUAUAGUCUUCAACGAAAACUUUUUAAAAUCGAAACGUGUUAUUAAACCGAAAGUACGUUCGAAUUCGCAAAUCUACACAUUGAACACUGUCGAAUCCGCUCAUAAUUACCCAGCAUGCGAAUUAUUCCUCGACGAUUUCUUUAAUUGGACAUUUACCUACCGUCUCGCUUCGGACAUCGUUUGGAGUUACAUUACAGUGACUGAUGUCGAAGGCCACAUAAUCGCACCAAGCAAAAGCGUGGUAUGGAGGCACAGUUCGGCCCCAGUGAAACCAGAAAUCAGAAGUAUUUUGGCGGGAAAAACAAAGGCGGCCGCUUGGCUUGUUAGCAAUUGUAAUGCGGACAGCCUGCGAGAUGAAUACGUAACGAGACUCCAGGAACACCUAUUCCAUUUUUCGCUUGCGAUCGACAUUUACGGCAGCUGCACCGGAACUAAAUGCACGCGCGGUGAUUGCGAGGAAAUGGUCAAGGAGCAGUAUUACUUUUAUAUGGCGUUCGAAAACUCGUUCGCUGAAGAUUAUGUGACUGAGAAGGUUUUGCAUGGCUAUAAUAAUUAUGCCGUGCCUAUUGUAUACGGUGGAGCCAAUUAUAGCAGAUUCCUGCCUCCCGGCUCCUACAUAAACGCAAGGGAAAUGCACCCUUACAGAUUAGCUCUAAAAAUACGGCAGGUGAUAUCGAACCGAAAUCUAUUCAUGUCCUACUUCACGUGGACCAAUUUAUACAAGGUUACAACUUCUGAGGUGAAGGUACAGCACCCUCUGUGUCAUUUCUGUGAAGCCCUGCAUAGCAACAGGGUGCAAAAAGCGCCUGCUAUGAAGAAUUUCAGAUUCUGGUGGAACGGCCUCAAUGGUAUGAAAUGGUGCUUGUCCAACGAGUAUUGGAGCGAAAGGAAUAAAAUGAUUAUUGAUAGUAAAGAUGUGUACCCCUUGUAUUGAUUAUACGGUGUCGUUUA